AUGUCCGAAAAUUUAAUAGACCAAUUGGAGGACAAUCUUAAAGAUUGUGUAAACUGCAUAGGUAAAAAAUUAGGCGAAGAAGAUCUUAAAGUAGUGACCGAUAAGUUCAUAGAAUGCUCACAACGAGUAGAAGACUACUUUCUUAAAUAUGGCAUAACGCAGAAUAAAGUCAAAAACAUUACUUAUGGCGAUGUAGCACAACUUAAAGAUGAACUUGAGAGAAAGGAGUUACUACUGAAACGUAAUUUAGAUAAAUUAACUGAAUAUCAGUCUACAUUAGAUCAGUUGCAUCAACAAGAUCUAACUAAAUGGAAAGAAUAG